UGCCGCACCCUGUUCCGAGGUGAUGGCAGUCCUGUCCCGACCGCCCUGCAGAGCGGACCACCGCGCACCCCAGCCAUCAAACACCGGCGAUCGAACGUCGCAAACUUCGAAAAAUUCAAACUCCGAACCAUUCAAAAUUUAAAUCAGUUUUCUUUUGUCGCACAUCGUUUUAAUUCCAUUUUUAAAAUUAUUAUUAUUUUGUAAAGUCACAGACUAGUGCACGGGGUGUCGGGAACUGAGUCAGCGGUGGACCAGGCCAAGAUUAAUAUUUGUACGUGAUUAAAUGAAAAAAAUCGAAAUGAGCUUUCUUAAAUUCUGCCAAAUGCUUCACGCAUGAACAUGGAGGCAGCAUUACCACAUUUCCAUCGACUCAACAGCUCCAGAUUGUAUCAGUAUGCUUCUCCUCCUCUCAGAAUAUCCAACAGUUACCUCCACGAUAUCAUUCCUCCUCAACAUCCCAAUUUACUCCAGCAAUAUCUGGCCUACUACAAUGAACCAGUUGUCCCUCUCGAUCUUUCUCUAAAAUCCAGCACACCGAUCACCCCACCAUGCACCCCUCCACUAGCACAAAAAAGAAAACCUGACGAAAUAAAAAAUAAAUCUCCCAAAUUAUUGAGACACUUCGAAGACAAUGACACCAAAGAGGCGGAUAAAAAAUCAGAAAAAUGGAAGAUUGACGAUGAAAUCUCAAACGAUAGUGACAGUCCGGAAGCAAAGAAACUUAAAUUCACGAAGAAAUUUUUUGAUGAACUACAAACCUGUUUACCAAAGGAACCUGAGACACCUUCGAAAAGCGAAAGAGGUUCGCCAGACGUAGUUGAAGUCAAAGAUGUGGAAGAAAGACCGAAAAAAUCUCCUAAACCACUACAAGGACCAUUGAAGAAGAGUAAAGUUGUAAGGCGUUUGAUGUUUGAUGAGGACAAAACUUCACCUGUGUCUGGAACAAUAAUACGAGAUCUAGCCGAAGACGAAACAUUAGUGGUUAGAAAGGGCGAUAUAGAUCCGGCCUUUAAUGUGGUCGAAGUUACAGACGAAGCCAAAGCUCUGAUAGCGAGUAUUGAGAAUCGACUGGGGCAGUACAUCUGUAGAUUGUGCCGGCGAUUAUACGGGGACGCAUUUGCUCUGGCACAGCACAGGUGCUCACGCAUAGUUCACAUCGAAUAUCGAUGCCCCGAAUGCGACAAGGUUUUCAACUGUCCAGCUAACCUAGCCUCCCAUCGUCGCUGGCACAAGCCCCGCGUGCCGGGGACCACUAAGCGACGAGACCCUCCGUCAACCGACGCUGGCCGGUUCUCGUGUCAGCGAUGCGGCAAGCUGUUCCGCAGACAGGCCUAUCUGAGGAAGCACUUGUUGGCACACGAGCAUCCGGAAAAUGAAACCGAAAAAGAGCCUUCAGCUUUCCGACAAGUCCAUUCGGAAUACAACGCAUAUCAACAAGAGACAAUCAGAGAUGCGAACUUCAAUGCAUUCUGGAACAAGAUUCCCCCUCCGCAACAUGAGUUGAAUUGGGAAGGGUUGCGCACGCGCUGUGCGUCGUCCUGCUCGUCUGAAGACUCACGCAGCCUGGACGUGACGGGAUCUGAAGACGAAGGCGGCGGGGCUAUAGAAGGCUGACGGCGAGUACUGCGGCCUGUGCCGAGGUUUCCGGCAUACACGCCGCUUGCAAACCCACUUUACAAUUAUGCAACAUCGUAUGCUCAUGAUGCGCCCCAUAUGUAUUUCAAUUAAAGGUAAAUUCGUUUUGUCAAAUCUAAUACGUAACAUUAAAACCUUAAACUUUCGAUCUCCCGACUCUCUGUUAGUUUAAAUUCCAUUAAAAUUAAAUUUUAAAUAAAUAAAAAAGCAUUGCAAUAAAAUUACAGAUUUAGCACACACGAACAGUAGACUUAGCGCGUAUUUCUUUUGUAAAUAAGCGAUCGUUAGAUAUAUUAAUAUAUUAUUAUCGAUUUAAGUAAUCUUAAUUCUACAUUGUACAUAUCAUAAUUUCCUGCGGCAACAUUCCAAAACACGAAACGCGUGCACUAAAAUGUUAAACAUUUUAUGUGUUCGUAUGUAAGUACCCUCUUCGAGUUUACAUUAUUUAAGUUUAUAGUUUUAGUAAAUAGAAUACUUAUUUAAAAAAAUCAUACAAGGCGGAUACGCUUUUAUGCAAUUAAAUGUUUGUAGAUUAUGUUUUGCACUUCUGAAAAACAAAGCAACGAAGCGUCCGUAACAUUAAAAUUACCAUCAAUAAUUUAACACAUUUAACUAAUAAAAUCGGAACAAAAAAUGCAUGUUUACAAUCAAAUUACAAAAAUAACACUCGAAAAUACAUCGGCAGAACUGGACGAUGACCGCUGUGUUGUAAAUAAACGUUGUAGUCCCUAUAUUUUUUAUUUAAUGCUUAAAGGAUAAGACGUCCGGUGCAUUCGUAUCGGUGCGAUGCACCGGUGUUCGAAUCCCGCUGGCAAGUACAAUU